GCCAAUACGCAGACCAGGUCACGUGACCUUAGUAUGUGUCACCGUGCGAUACUCGAAAAGUCAAAAAGUGCAAUCAACAAUAGUUCGCUGAUCGCUAGGACAAUGUCGCAAUAAAAACAAUUGGCCGUGGAAAAACCGCGUUCGAAUUAGCCGCCUUGGAAGCGGGACCCGGACAUUUGGUCGUCGGUGCAGCUUGCGGCGUCGUAAUUUCUGUUCGAGUCCGUGAAAAUGGCCUACAUAAAUGUGGCGGAAUGGACACCAGAUCAGGUCACCGACUGGCUGAAAGGUUUGGAUGAUUCUAUGAGGCACUAUGUACAUUCCUUCACGAACAACGAAGUAGGAGGGAAACAAUUGCUCAAUAUCCGGCCAUAUGAACUCGAACAACUUGGGAUGAUAUGGAUCGGUCAUCAGGAGAUCGUGUUAGAAGCCGUGGAACAUUUGAGGAAUUUUCACUAUAACAUCGAUAAAGAGAACUUACAGUUCCUCGCGCUGCACGUAGCCACUGCAGCACGCAAUCUCUACAAGCAAUUAAACUAUCACUGUGAUAAGUCGAAACUAGAAACUCAAUUGCUAAAUGAUAUUUCGCGAACGAUUGCCACAACAAAGCCGAUUAUCGGCUGGUUGGAUCGAUCUCCAUUCAAGGGCCAGUUACAAUUCAAUGAAAUUCGAAAGAAUAUGCUUCGUCUUGGAUUGGAGAUGGCAGCGAGCGCACAGCGGGACCGCUUCGUGGAAAACCCAGUGGAUCAAAUUAGUGCACUUGCGGAAAAGCUGGCGAAACUUGCCGACUACAUUAUUCAAGACAUCACCGAUCCGAUGCUUUUGCAACCGUGCGCUUUGAACUUAGUCACAUUGAAAAAGCGUGAAUCGGAGUUGGGAUUCAAUGUGGUCCCGAGCUACCAUGGUAUUCAUCAAAUUAGUGAUAUUAAACACAACUCUCCUGCGCACAAUUCAGGCAAGAUUGAAGACGGGGAUGAAAUUGUUCAGAUCCAUUAUCAAACUGUAGUCGGCUGGCAGUACAAAUCUGUGAUGAUGCAGCUGCGAGAAUCAUCUCCCGACGUCCUGAUAACUCUCAAGAAGUGCCCUAAGCAUACGAAAAUCUAUGGGCAAAUAUAUAUGCAACCAUAUCGAUUGCCUAGUAAGAAACGCGCUUUGCCUGGCAGAUGGGGCGACAAUCUACCCAGUCCUCGGCCUGCCCCGUCAAAUGUUCUUGCGGUUGAAGACUUUACGUUGCCCCUGAAAAUCGCCGAGAAGCACAACUCUUCCGACACCGACUCCUCAUGUAGUGAUAUUCUAACACCAACCGAUUUAAAAUCGCCUGACAAUCAACGUCUGUAUAUGCCGAAGCCGCGAGCGGUGCUGCAACGACGAAAUACAAUUUGCGGGACCGAGUUAACACAUUUGAAAAACAUUGGAAAUAUCCCAUUCUGGGACGAACGGAAACUUCGCCAAAACGAUGAAGCUUCAUCGCCUAGCCUGCGAGACAAAUCUGUUUCGUUUGGAUUUGGUCUGGAGAUCGCGGCGAGACCAGCAACAUGUUUGGGUUUAGCUGGAAAUUCGAAAUUUAACGAGCAUCUGUUGAGCGGUAUGAAUAACUCAUUGUCACAGGUAUCGACUGACAAACACGGAACGAAAGGUGAAGGCACCGUGGCUGGCAAUGAGGGCGGCAAAUCGAAACCGGGGGUGAGCAAGGUAGUUCGGUUUGACGCCAGCAUGAAUUCCGAUAACUACCCAGUAGAUAAUAAGUACACUUGCAACGUAGAAAACACCAUUUUAGAAACUUUCGAACCAAUUCCUUAUGCAGACGAAGAUGAUGUGAAUCAAUGCUUUGAGGAAGAUAGGUCGGCGAGAAAUAAGGCGAAUUCGGUGGAGCCUGUCCAGUGUAUCAACGCAGCCGUUGUGAAUCGGAGGGGAAGGCUCGAUAAAAGCCAUAGUACUCCCGCUUACGAUAACACCGGCGAAGAGUCUGAUACACCACCAGCAAUUGAGCCUAGAAAAGAAUUUCUGCAAAGUACGCCACCUCCUGCUCCCCCACCACGUCCAAAACGCCAAGUAGAAUUACAACCGCCAGCUAUCCCGCCGUCACCAAAGCCACAACUUCUACUCCAACACGAUAAAGUUUCCCUCCAAUACCAACCAACUCCAUUGAAACCUUCUCCAUUAUCCCAAACAAACAACAGCGUACUUUCUACAACUGCGUCUGUGCACCAACACCCAAAGGAGCAAGCAAUCAAAGAGGAAAGUGAACUGGUAACACCAACAAAAACGAAAAGUCUGACUUUGAAAAAGAAAAAUAGUUUGUUAGCCAAACGUCGCUCAGUGACAUUGAAAUCAUUAGGGACAAGCGAUAUUCAAGGACAUUUGUAUCGACGCACAAAAGACAGACAAGGCAUCACAUUCUGGGCGAAGUUGUACUUUGUUCUGAUAGAAACGAUUUUGUAUGGGUUCAAGAGGAAGGACUCGCGCAAGGCCAGUUGUAUGGUAGUCUUGCCCGGUUUUACAGUAUCUCUGGCCAAGGAAGUACAUUCUAAGCAAUUCGCGUUUAAGGUCUACCACCAACUGAAAACUCUCUACUUUGCUGCGGAGUCUGUAGAAGCUCUCAACCAGUGGAUGGAAUACAUUCAACAGGCCACGCUUCAGCAAGAAAAGCCAAAUAUUCGUAAUGACACGAGCGCCGUUGGGUUUUCGGCCACUCCAACAACCGACGCGAUUAGAGAGAUUUUUUCUGAAACUGAUAACACGGAUGACGAAGAAGAUGAAUUGGUGACAUCAGGGCCUGGUAAGCAGCUUACCACGCCAUCGCCCAUUCCUUCAAUUCACCUAUCGAAGUCUGGAUCAGGACAGUUUGGAAGCCCUGGGUCGUUGACUCCGGAUAAUGCGGCAACAGGAUCACCUUCAAAGCACGAAAGAUAUCUAGGUUCUCUGAAGAAACUGGCCGCUUUCAAAAGUGGAACCGAAAAGAAACCGUCAUCGAGCGAUAUUCCUGUUCCAACGGCUCAGUUUCGAAGCUACCGAAAAGUGCCCGGUGGCACGCAUGGUCUGCAGAUUGGAACCAAUACGAGUGGCAUUUAUCAUCAAGACGGAAUGAUGUCCGGCUCGAUCGGGGCUACGGGUAUGUCGGUCAAUUAUACAGCUGAGAGAGUCCGGAAGCAAUCCAUUACAUCAACGUACAGUACUGACUCUAAGGGUGGCAUGGGAUCCGAUGUUGAUAAUAUAUUGAACGGUGAUGGGAGAACGCAUUCGUCGGUUGGCGUACAUUGCCAAGGGGACACAUCACCAAAGUCAGACAAUCCAAAAAAGUUACGCAAGAAUUCUCCUUACAAUUACAUCCACGCCUCAAAUCCAAACUUAGUUGAAUUUGACUUCCAUACAUCGAAAGCAAUGGAUUGCUCACUGCCGAAAAUCAAUGUGGUCUCAAAUGCCUGGGACCCUCAUAAUAACCCACAAGGUCGUGUUACGCUUAUGGACUUGAUGCUGCGAAAGAAAGAGGAGGAAGCAAGAGACAACUACAACAAUCGAGUGCAGUUAGGAGUGGAAAAGAAAGAAGAUCUUGUUCGAGUGCUUUCAAGUCGAAAGGAUCACAUGCACAAUGGCAGUGGAUCCACAUUGGGUCAUGGAAGUGGUGGAAAAUUGUCCAAGAUCCAAAGUCGAAGCCUACCAAAGACCCCUGACUAUGAGAUGAGUUUUAAUCCGGACGAUGAAGACAUCAAACGAACACGAACAAAAGAAGGCCUCAAACUGCGCGAUUUCGGCUAUGAGUUUAUCUACGGAGACGAGCCAGCGAACACGGAUCUGCACAAAGCUUCACGGUCCUCUUCAAGUGCUACGGAUAAAAGCAGUUCUUCGAAAAAGAAAGUAGCUUCAUCGCACGGUACAGUUGUUGCAACGGAAAGCGGUUCAAGCACUGACAAAUCAAGUCGAGGCGGAAGCUUCAAGAAAACAAAAGGAAAAUUCGAGGCUUUCAAGACAUCUAGCGAAAAACUAUUCAACAAACCAUUCAAACAUUCAGACCAUCAUCACCAUAAAAGUGGUAAAAGUUCUUCACAUGCAACGUUCGCACCGUUAACAUUACCCUUGAACAAGAAAACGAACAUCUAUGCACAUUCCUUUGGGGCUAGCGACAAUCUAACUCCGCCCCAAUCGAACAUAAAGAAGAGUCACACUUACAAUUCAGAAUUUAAAGAUAAGAAAAUCGAGAAUAAUCGCAAGAAUUCAGCUCCCGUGCCGAUUCUUACUAAAUUUGUGAUGGCUACGAAAACACCAAAAGAACGGAAAUUGCUCGGAUCGCCAAGUUUACAUCGAGCUAUUUUUGGACGACAACAUUCAAACAACAAUACAUCAGGAGGAGGAGGCGGGGCGGAUUUAGAUCAUGAAACUUUUUCGCCGAUGAUUUUCGGGAAGGCUGGGCACGGGACAUCUGAAGCAAUCAAUGCGAUAGGCAACGAGGACCUUUCGAGCAUUUCGCAACAAUCUUCAACACUUCCGCAGACCAGCUCUGCGGGAACGAGUACCCAUUCAACACCAGACUAUCCUAACAUGGAGUACCCGCCAGUUUUCGAGCCCGAGACAUACUCACUGAGUGAUCCGAACGCAAGUCUGACAUUGCUGCGACGUCGAAACGACCUGAACGAAUGACCGAUAACCAACAUUAUGGUUUCGCCUGUCUGUCUAAUGUAGACGACAGUGCCGAUUUCCUGCUCAAAAUCUUAGGAUCGAAUGUGAAAUAUUUUCAUUUAGAUAUUGGAAUUGUAAAUACUGUUUCUGUGUUUCUUUGACACGAGAGCACCAUAUCUUAUUCAGACUUUUAUAUAUACAUGUGAAUGUGCCAAUGAUUUGCGGAACGCUUCGCUUUGUGCAAGAAUCGAAACUAAAUUGUCUGCCAACUGAUAGCCUAGUUAGCGAGCAUAUUGUCUUAUGAAAAACCCUACUUAGUAGUAUUUGAAGCGAAGACGACAAGAGGGCGCGGCAACGGUUUUCUAUUUUUUUAUCAUCUUUAGGAUGCGUUAGGGAAAAACGCUAUUUUUGUUAUUCGCAUAUUCAAUGUUUUGCUUUUGAAAGCAGUUUUAAUGGCCUUCAGAACACUCGUCUGAAUUCCUUUUCUUUUUUCCGGAACCAAAUGUACAUAUUUUGGGGCUGCCGAACAAGAGGAUGACCCCUCUCUCGAGCGCACAAAAUGUAACCGCAACACCCCACGCAGAAAAGUUUUAAGUAACUAAUCUGCGUGUCAAAUGAGGGGAAUGUGAAUUAAAGGCCGAAAUUUGGUGACACCUUUGUGCCACGGGCCGAUGCUUCAAUGAGGCUACCCUCACUGCUGUGCCCUCAACAUAAACGACUCAACGCACGAUAUAUCGUUGAUAUUAUGGUAACAUGACGAUGAAUGGAAAAAGUGAAAUUGGGACCUUUUUUACCUCCCAUCUAAUGAAUAAAGUACUUUAUUGUCGUUAUCAUUAUUUCAAAGCAACUUUACUACAUCUUUGUAUUAUGUAUUUGUUAUUUAGGCUACAGAUAUAAAGUGAGCACAGCUUAACGCGGGCCAUUUCGAAUAUCAAACAGUUUCAGCCGAUUUCCACUUUUGGAGAAUCUGUAAGAAAGUGUCAAGUUGUUCUUAGUAAAUUAUUUGUAACUGUUUAAGUUUUUUUCGGAAUAUUUAGUGACCUAAGUGAGUGAAAGAGAAGAAGGACGAUUUGGUAGACGAAAUGGCCACAAAAUCUUUACCUGUAGUGCCUUUUUAGAAGAAAGACUCGAAAUUAUUUAAAGUUAUGUUUUAGAACUGUAUUAUUCAUUUUUUAAACACUAUAAUAUAUUUGAAAUAUCAUCUGAA